AGGACGGCCUCGCGUUGUGCGCCCUGAUACACAGACACCGUCUGACCUCAUCGACUAUGCCAAGCUCAACAAGGAUGACCCUCUGGGUAAUCUGAACCUGGCCUUUGAUGUGGCAGAGAAAUACCUGGACAUCCCCAAGAUGUUGGACGCUGAAGACAUCAUCAACAGCCCCAAGCCCGAUGAGAGAGCGAUCAUGACCUAUGUAUCCUGUUUCUACCAUGCUUUUGCUGGAGCAGAGCAGGCGGAGACAGCAGCUAACCGUAUCUGUACAGUUCUGGGGGUCAACCAGGAGAAUGAGAGCCUCAUGGAGGAAUAUGAGAAACUGGCCAGUCAGCUGUUGGAGUGGAUCCGUCGUAUGACCCCCUGGCUCGAGAACAAGUCCCCGGAGACGACCAUGGCUGCUAUGCGUGGUAAACUGGAGGACUUCAGAGACUACCGUAGACAACACAAACCCCCCAAGGUGCAGGAGAAGUGUCAGCUGGAGAUAAACUUCAACACCCUGCAGACCAAGCUGAGGAUCUCCAACAGGCCUGCCUUCAUGCCCUCUGAGGGACGCAUGGUCUCAGACAUCACCAGUGCGUGGACAGGUCUGGAGCAGGCAGAGAAGGGCUAUGAGGAGUGGCUGCUGAGUGAGAUCAGGAGGCUGGAGCGUCUCAACCACCUGGCUGAGAAGUUUCAGAUGAAGGCUACUUCCCACCAGGACUGGUCUGUAGGUAAGGACAGUGUGCUGUCUCAGAAGGACUACGAGUCCUGCUCUCUGACGGAGGUGAGAGCUCUGCUCAGGAAACACGAGGCCUUUGAGAGCGACCUGGCCGCUCACCAGGACAGAGUGGAACAGAUCGCUGCCAUCGCACAGGAAUUAAAUGAGCUGGACUACCAUGCUGCCUCCUCUAUCAACGAGCGCUGCCAGGGCAUUUGUGACCAAUGGGACCAGCUGGGAACCCUCACCCAGAAGAGGAGGGAGAACCUGGAGAGGACGGAGAAGCUGCUGGAGACCAUCGACCAGCUGUUCCUGGAGUUCUCUAAGAGGUCAGCUCCCUUUAACAACUGGAUGGAAGGAGCCAUGGAAGACCUGCAAGACAUGUUCAUCGUUCACACUGUGGAUGAAAUCCAGAGCCUGAUCUCAGCCCAUGACCAGUUCAAGGCCACCCUUCCGGAGGCUGACUGUGAGAGACAGGCCAUCCUGAGCAUCUACACGGAGGUGCAGAAGAUAGCCCAGAGCUACGGCAUCUCCCCCAACCUCACCAACCCCUACAGUGACAUCACACCGGCGGAGAUAGGACUCAAAUGGGACAAGGUGAAGAAGCUGGUUCCCCAGAGAAACAGUAUUCUCCAGGAGGAACUAGCCAGACAGCACGCCAACGAACGUCUCAGACGCCAGUUUGCUGCCCAGGCCAACAUCAUCGGACCGUGGAUCCAGACCAGGAUGGAGGAGAUCGGGCGUAGUUCCGUCGACAUCGGAGGUUCUCUGGAGGACCAGAUGAGUCAGCUGAAGCAGUUUGAACAGGUCAUCAUCAACUACAAGUCCAACAUCAACAAGCUGGAGGGAGACCAUCAACACAUCCAAGAGUCCCUGGUGUUCGACAACAAACACACCAACUACACCAUGGAGCAUAUCCGUGUGGGUUGGGAGCAGCUGUUGACCACCAUCGCUAGAACCAUCAAUGAGAUCGAGACCCAGAUUCUGACGCGCGACGCUAAAGGCAUCAGCCAGCAACAGAUGAACGAGUUCCGCCAGUCUUUCACUCACUUUGACAGGAAGAAGAAAGGAGGCAUGGAGACAGAUGACUUCAGAGCCUGUCUGAUCUCCAUGGGCUAUGAUCUGGGAGAGUCUGAGUUUGCCCGCAUCAUUUCUCUAGUGGAUCCCAACGGGUCCAACAAGGUGACCUUCCAGUCCUUCGUUGACUUCAUGACUAGAGAGACGUCCUACUCAGACACCUCAGAGCAGGUCCUCGCCUCCUUCAAGAUCCUGGCUGCUGAUAAGCCCUUCAUCCUGCUGGAGGAGCUGCGUAGAGAGCUGCCCCCAGAGCAGGCAGAGUACUGUAUCUCCAGGAUGCCCCUGUACAAUGGGCCUGACGGGGUCCCAGGGGCUCUGGACUACACUGCCUUCUCCACUGCCCUCUAUGGGGAGAGUGACCUCUAGCUUCACACACCAGAAAUGCACCCUGACCUUGUGUCAGUCUCUCCCCAUUUUGUUCCACACAUUUACAUCUAAAUUGAUUAGUAUUUUGACCGGUACUAAAGGGAGUUAUAUUUUUGAGAAAUACAAAGCAUUUUGAAGCCGUUUCAUGAGUGUCUGAUUUUUAAAGAGUAGGGAGAAAUAUUUAUUUCAAAGGACUGAGCAGGAUUCAUUCACUAGAUUAAGAAAAAAUUAUGACUCAGUAAAUGUGAAAUUUACAUGUGAGUCACAUAAAAGUAACUUACAAAUUCAAGUAACUUACAAAUUCAAGUAACUUACACAUCAAAAGUAACUCCCACAUCAAAAGUAACUCCCACAUCAAAAGUAACUCCCACAUAAAAAGUAACUUACACAUUAAAGUAACUUACACAUCAAAAGUAACUCCCACAUCAAAAGUAACUCCCACAUCAAAAGUAACUCCCACAUCAAAAGUAACUUACACAUUAAAGUAACUGACACAUAAGAAGUAACUGACACAUUAAAAGUAAUUUACACAUCAAAAGUAACUUACACAUUAAAGUAACUGACACAUUAAAAGUAAUUUACACAUCAAAAGUAACUUACACAUUAAAGUAACUGACACAUAAGAAGUAACUGUCACAGAAGAAGCGCUACUAAAUUAUUUGCUAGUCACCUAUGGAGACCUAAAGAUGUGAAUUUAUGAGAAGCUUGUAUUGUAUCAGUGUUUGCACUCUUCUAAAUUAGUACUUAAAAAACACGUUUUUGCCUCGUCUGUUCAGUGUCUAAAAUGAAUUGAAAAAGGACACAGUAUGCUAGCCUGGACUCAGAUCUGAUCCCACAGCCUGGUCUCAGAUCUGAAUUCACCCAGGCUACAUUAUAAUCCCCCCAGGCUACAUUAUAAUCCACCCAGGCUACAUUAUAAUUCACCCAGGCUAUAUUAUAAUUCACCCAGGCUACAUUAUAAUUCACCCAGGCUACAUUAUAAUCCCCCCAGACUACAUUAUAAUCCCACCCAGGCUACAUUAUAAUCCCCCCAGACUACAUUAUAAUCCCACCCAGGCUACAUUAUAAUCCCCCCAGACUACAUUUUAAUCCCCCCAGGCUACAUUAUAAUCUACCCAGGCUACAUUAUAAUCCACCCAGACUACAUUAUAAUCCCCCCAGGCUACAUUAUAAUCCCACCCAGGCUACAUUAUAAUCCCCCCAGACUACAUUAUAAUCCCACCCAGGCUACAUUAUAAUCCCCCCAGGCUACAUUAUAAUCCCACCCAGGCUACAUUAUAAUCCCCCCAGACUACAUUAUAAUCCCACCCAGACUACAUUAUAAUCCCACCCAGGCUACAUUAUAAUCCACCCAGGCUACAUUAUAAUCCCACCCAGGCUACAUUAUAAUCCCCCCAGGCUACAUUAUAAUCCCACCCAGGCUACAUUAUAAUCCACCCAGGCUACAUUAUAAUCCCCCCAGGCUACAUUAUAAUCCCCCCAGACUACAUUAUAAUUCACCCAGGCUACAUUAUAAUCCCACCCAGGCUACAUUAUAAUCCACCCAGGCUACAUUAUAAUCCCCCCAGGCUACAUUAUAAUCCCCCCAGACUACAUUAUAAUCCCACCCAGGCUACAUUAUAAUCCACCCAGGCUACAUUAUAAUCCACCCAGGCUACAUUAUAAUCCACCCAGACUACAUUAUAAUCCACCCAGGCUACAUUAUAAUCCACCCAGACUACAUUAUAAUCCACCCAGGCUACAUUAUAAUCCACCCAGGCUACAUUAUAAUCCACCCAGGCUACAUUAUAAUCCCACCCAGGCUACAUUAUAAUCCCCCCAGACUACAUUAUAAUCCACCCAGGCUACAUUAUAAUCCCCCCAGACUACAUUAUAAUCCACCCAGGCUACAUUAUAAUCCCACCCAGGCUACAUUAUAAUCCCCCCAGACUACAUUAUAAUCCCACCCAGGCUACAUUAUAAUCCACCCAGGCUACAUUAUAAUCCCACCCAGGCUACAUUAUAAUCCCCCCAGACUACAUUAUAAUCCCACCCAGGCUACAUUAUAAUCCACCCAGGCUACAUUAUAAUCCCACCCAGGCUACAUUAUAAUCCCACCCAGGCUACCAGUAUGUCAGAACUGCUGUACUAUUUAUUGUCAAAACGAAUGAAAACUUGGGUUUCCUGAUUAGAGUAGAGUCAAGUUUCCCCUAAAGGCUGAUCUUGAGUCAGUCUAGCAUUUCUCCCCACUAAUGUUAUGUGUAAAGCUUGGGGGAGGGGAAGCUGAUCCUAGGUCUGUACCUAGGGGAAACGUUCACCCCAGAGCCUCAUGAUAUGGCAGAAACUAGUGUGUGUUGAUGCCAGAAACAAAAAUAAUAUAACUGUAAAAUAACGAACUGUUUUGUCUGGGUAAAACUACAACAUUUAGUCCCCUCAGCAGCCGGUGUGGAGUCUGAAGUUAUGAAGCGUUACUAGUGUAAGGCAAACGAGCAGAAAAUAAACUCUUGUGAUUAAAACGU